UAUGAUAUCUUAUGUAUUUGGAGUUAAAUUUGAUGCAUCUGAAAUUAUUGAUUGGGAAAAUCAAAAGGAUUGUUUAUUAUGGAAGAUAAAAUGUUAUAAUGCCCCUAAUGCAAAAUUUAAAACUAACAAAUAUUAUUUAUAGUAAAUCCUAAUGUUGAUUUUUUUCUUUUUGGUUUUGGUUCUAUAAAAACUUCUUCUGCUUUUUGUGGAUCAAUAAAUGUUAUCAUUAUAAUGAA